AUGACCGGGACGCGGAAGGACAUCGUCGUGGUCGACCUCGGUGGAUCGACGAUCAAGGUCGGCUUCGCCGGCGACGCAGAUCCCUCGAGGUGCGCAUCCCCCGCCGCGUCUCUCCCCCCCGAUCGAUGCGUCGUGCCCAACUGCGUGGCCAAGCCCAAGGGCGAGAAGCGCAGCUACAUUGCGGACGAGAUUAACCAGGUCAAGGACAUCUCCUCGCUCAACCUCAGGCGUCCCGUCGACCGCGGGUACGUCGUAAACUGGGACCUGCAGAGGGACAUCCUCGACCACGUCUUCAAAAAGGUGCUCAAGAUCAACCCGCGGAACUGCCACCUGGUCAUCACCGAGGCGCCGUUCAACCUUCCCGCGCUCGCCGCCGAGCAGGACGAGUGCAUAUUCGAAAAGUUCGGGUUCAAAUCCGCGCUGAUAUGCCCGCCGUCUUUACUCGCGCUGACGUACCAUCUCGCGAAGCGGCCGCGUUCGGAUCCGUGCGUGUCGGCGCGAUGCGGCGUCGUCGUCGACGCCGGCUUCUCGUUCGUGCACGCCACGCCGGUGUUCGACGGCAGGGUUUUGCGCAACGGCAUAAGGCGCGUUAACCUCGGGGGCAAGGCGCUGACCAAUUACCUGAAGGAGAUGGUGUCGUACAGGCAGUGGAACAUGAUGGACGAGUACGUCCUGAUGGACGACGUCAAGGAGAAACUCUGUUACGUCGCCGGCUGCGCGGUGGAUGAGCUGAAGCGGGCCAAGGUGCGGGGCGCGUCGAACGAGGUCAACAGGGAGUACGUGCUUCCCGACGGGGUGCACUGCCUGGGAAUGGGCAACGAACGGUUCAUGGUGCCCGAGGCGCUGUUCCACCCGGCGGACAUCGGCCUCAAUCAGGCUGGCGUCGCGGAGGUUGUCACGCAGGCGGUGCGGUCCGUCGCGACGGAUCUGAGGGCGAUGAUGUACGCAAACGUCAUCGUCGCGGGUGGUUGCGCCGCGUUCCCGGGGUUCAAGGAGCGGUUCGAGGCCGAACUCCGGCCGCUCGUCCCAACCGACGAAGCGCUGACGGUGGAAGUGUCCACGUCGCCGACGCUGGACGCGUGGCGAGGCGGCAGCGUCGUCGGCGCCGGGGAAGAUUUCGAGCGGCUGGCGGUGACGCGCGAGGCGUGGAAGAAGGACGCGUCGGAGUUUAGGCGGCGUUACGAGGAACACGCGGGGGUGGUCAAGGGUCGCAUGUGA